ACGUCACGCUCCCACAAUGCACGCGCCCCAUCAGCUCCAGCGCUGCUGUGUUUAGAGGGACACAAACAGCAGGCCCGAAAAAUACACACAUUAUUGAACAAUAAAUAAAGUAUCCACUGCGAAUAGUUUUUGAGAAUCCAUCGAGAUAUGGCUGGGAAAUAAUUUUUUUAUUUGCACCCUUGCGAGAUGUAGAAUGGAGGAAUGCAUGAGAACUGCAACUUUAGCGGGGAUCAAAAGUUUCUGAAGACUGAACAUGCAAAAAAACAAUCUUCACUCCGAAGAAAAAUCAGCUGUUGGAGCUUCUUCUCAGAUGUACAGUGACAUACUCCCUGAGAACUACCCAUAUAUGUGAGAAAAUGUUUCAUGGCAAAGACCAGCUAAACAGCCUCCUGCAAAACCAUGACCCCAACAAGCAGGAACUGCGGUGCGAGGAAUGCGGAAAGCAUUACAACACUCGCCUGGGACUUAGACGCCACGUGGCCACGCAUGCCACCUCCGCCAGCGGUGACCUCACCUGUAAGGUCUGUAGUCAGGCAUUCGAGAGCAUGCCGGCGCUACUCGAGCACCUGAGUACACACACCGGCCGGCCACCUCCGGGGACUGUGGUACGAGAAAGGAAGCAUCAGUGUGAACGGUGCGGCCGCCGCUUCUUCACUCGCAAGGAUGUGAGGCGCCACGCAGUGGUGCACACCGGCAGACGGGACUUCCUGUGCCCGCGUUGCGCCCAACGCUUUGGCCGUCGCGACCACCUCACCCGACACCUGAAGAAAAGCCACGCACAAGAUUUGGAGACCCUUCCUCCGAUGCCCAUUAAAGAGGAGCGCAGUCCUACCGCAUGCUCUGUUGGAUCUCCGAAAGAUGCCACAGAGGCGUUUUCCAUGGCCAUGUUCAACCCUCAAGGCCUUCCGGGCACAUCUACCUCAGGGGUCAAUCAUCACCAUCACACGAUGGUGUCUGGCCCCCUUUCCAGCCCAAUGGGUGUGGGCUGCUACCUUGAGCCAAACAAGCCUCCUCCGCAGCAUUACCAGCAGGCUUCCAGAUAUCAGCCGAGUUCCACUACCUCAUAUCUGAAAGCGGAGAUGGAGAGCUUCCUGACUGAACUCCAGUGCGGGCCAAUGCCACCGCAGGCCGCUGUAGCGACUGCCGUCUCCCGGCCUGGCGACCUUUUCACUGACAGUCUGGGAGGUCAGAGUGCCCAUUUCACUCUCAGGAACUCGGCGUUCACCUCAGCCGAGCCACCUACCACCUCCGCCAACAUGGACCUCUCGCACCUGUUGGGCUUCCUGCCGUUUGGCCUGCCUCCCUACAGCACUACCUUGGGAUACUCGACCACCACCAACGUCGUGUCCCCAAGCCCUACCUCUCAGCUCUCUGGGCCGCUUGCCUCAUUUCAGCCACAGUCACUGCAUGAGCCUCAGGCUUCAGGGCACUUAAACCAGCUCUCUGGUUUCUCUCCGACUCUACCUCGAUUCCAUCAGGCCUUCCAGCAAUGAUGUCGCCCAUGUCCACUAUGACCUGCCAGUCAAACGCGACAGUUCUGUUGUGUCAUUGCCAAGUAGCUUAUAGGUAAUGAACUGGAGAUGGUGAAGUUUGUUGGGUGCGAAAUGGAUCCUGUAGAAUUAUAUGAAAGGAUCACUAGGAUAGAUGGAGUUUUGCUUUUAGUUUUGAAUAGUUAAAAAACGUUGUGGUUUUUCCUAGAGGGUCUUCAGAGUAACUGUUUUGUAGUGAUAAAUGAACAUAAAAUUCAUUUAAAAAAAA